ACAGGGAGAGAGUGCAGGGAGGGGAAGGAGUCCUGGAGCCGUUCAGCCGCUGCAGCAGUAGCAGCUGGCGGCCGCCUCUGCUGCCCUCCGGAGCGCGGCGCGCGCACAGAUCGCUGUCCCGGGCAGCAGCGCCCUGGCCGUCGCUGCCUCCGCCUUCGCGGAGCAGAAUCCCGGCAGCAGGACGCGCUCUUCUUAGUGUGGCUUGGUAGCGGGGAUCUCCCGCACGCAGCUCAGGAACAGCUCUGAAGCUGCGAGACCGGACAGGACUCUGAAGUCCUGCCUGGCAGCUCCAGCGACCGGGUGGGUGAGCGGGUACGCUCGUCACCCCUUCUCUCUGCCUGCCGGAGUUGAAUCUGUGCUGCCCGUGUCCAGGUGCUGGGCUUCCGGACCGACACCGACACCCCAUUCCCGCCCGCUGCCGCCUUGUCAUGCUGCCCAAAGUGGAGACGGAAGCCCCAGGACUGGCCCGAUCGCAUGGGGAACAGGGGCAGAUGCCGGAAAACAUGCAAGUGUCUCAAUUUAAAAUGGUGAAUUACUCCUAUGAUGAAGAUCUCGAAGAGCUAUGUCCUGUGUGUGGAGAUAAAGUAUCCGGGUACCAUUAUGGUCUCCUUACCUGUGAAAGCUGCAAGGGGUUUUUUAAGCGAACAGUCCAGAACAAUAAAAGGUACACAUGUAUAGAAAACCAGAACUGCCAAAUUGACAAGACACAGAGAAAACGCUGUCCUUACUGUCGAUUCCAAAAAUGUCUAAGUGUUGGAAUGAAGCUAGAAGCUGUAAGAGCUGACCGCAUGCGAGGAGGCAGGAAUAAGUUUGGGCCAAUGUACAAGAGAGACAGGGCCCUAAAACAACAGAAGAAAGCCCUCAUUCGAGCCAAUGGACUUAAGCUGGAAGCCAUGUCUCAGGUGAUCCAAGCGAUGCCCUCAGAUCUGACCAUCUCCUCAGCAAUCCAAAACAUGCAUUCCACCAAAGGCCUACCUCUGAACCAUGCUGCCUUGCCUCCCGCAGACUAUGACAGGAGUCCCUUUGUCACAUCUCCCAUUAGCAUGGCAAUGCCUCCCCAUGGCAGCCUGCAAGGUUACCAACCAUAUGGUCACUUUCCUAGCCGGGCCAUCAAGUCCGAGUACCCAGAUCCCUACACCAGCUCGCCGGAGUCAAUGAUGGGUUACUCCUACAUGGAUGGUUACCAGACAAGCUCGCCAGCCAGCAUCCCACACCUGAUACUGGAACUUUUGAAGUGUGAACGAGAGGAGCCUCAAAUUCAAGUAAAAAUCUCGAGUUUCUUACAGCAAGAGCAGGCAAACCGAGGCAAGCACGAAAAACUGAACACGUUUGGGCUUAUGUGCAAAAUGGCGGACCAGACGCUCUUCACCAUCGUUGAGUGGGCCAGGAGUAGUAUCUUCUUCAGGGAACUGAAGGUUGACGACCAAAUGAAGCUGCUUCAGAACUGCUGGAGCGAGCUCUUGAUUCUUGAUCACAUUUACCGGCAAGUGGUGCAUGGGAAGGAAGGGUCGCUCUUACUGAUAACUGGGCAACAAGUUGACUUCUCCAGCAUCGCCUCCCAAGCCGGAGCCACACUCACCAACCUCAUGAGUCACGCACAAGAGCUCGUCCUGAGACUUCGCGCCCUCCAGUUUGAUCAUCGAGAGUUUGUGUGUCUCAAGUUCCUCGUGCUGUUCAGCUUAGACGUCAAGAAUCUCGAGAACUUCCAGCUCGUGGAAAGUGUCCAGGAACAGGUGAAUGCUGCCCUGCUAGACUACACAAUUUGCAACUACCCACAGCAGACGGAGAAAUUCGGACAGCUACUUCUUCGGCUGCCAGAAAUCCGGGCAAUCAGCAUGCAGGCUGAAGAGUACCUCUACUACAAGCACCUGAACGGGGAUGUCCCCUACAAUAACCUGCUCAUUGAGAUGCUGCAUGCAAAAAGAGCCUAAGUCACCACCCCUGGAAGUUUGCUCUUGGAACACAGAGAC